AGGUGCUGUCGAACACCGCGUGUCAAUCGGGCAGUUACGGAAGCGCCAUUGAAGACACCAUGUUGUGCGCCGGAAGUGCAGGCAAGGACUCGUGCCAGGGAGACUCCGGCGGCCCUCUGGUGUUCAAGGACGGAGGCGGAAACUACGACCAGAUCGGCGUGGUGAGCUGGGGCUAUGGGUGCGGAGCUGAAGGCUACCCCGGCGUGUACACCCGCGUUAAUAGCUACCUCGACUGGAUUAAGACCAACACAGCCGAUGGCGUUUACUGCAGAGGAAUGCGUCUCUAAUCCUGCCUCUCGUACUCUUCACCACCGCCAGUCUCGGUCGUAAAGAAGAAAGCGAGACGUCAAUAACAUCAACAUCAAACAUGUUUUAAGCCUAAAUCAUGCACUGAAAUCUGCCAUAAGAUAAUGAAAAGUUUCAGAAUAAACAACGUUAUACAUCA